AAGGAGCAACACAAAUACGGUGGGCAAGAACUCACAGAGGCUAAUCGAAGAAGUGGUAAGGGUGAAGUAGCUACAUGCAAUGAACUGAAGACUCUUCUAAAGUGUGGUUCUUCCCAUGGACUGUCAGCAAAGCUUAUUUACGAAAUUUCCUAGCCUUCAACAAGGACAUGAAAGUGUUCAUGAAUACACAGAGAAGUUCUCUGUGUUGUCCAUGAGAGCAGGGGUGUAUGAAGCUGAGGAAGUAGAAAAUACAGAGCCAGGCUGCGAAUUCCAACCCAGGAUGAUAUGGCUGACUUUAGGCUAUGGUCUGUGGAGGAGACUUGCCAAGUCGCUUUAUGGUUUUGAAGAGAAGAUGAAGAGUCUAUAUGCUAUGUGCAAGCCAACAUUAAAUCCUUAAGUUCCUGCAGCAAAACCAGCACUGCAGCGUCUUGAAACUUUAGAUGAGAAGUCAAAAUCCCCAUGUUUCAAGUGUGAUGAUAAAGGUCACAUGCCCUAAUCGGAGAGUUACUUUAGCAGUGCAAGACAGUGAAGACGAGGAAAGUGCCAAUGAAGAAAACAAAGAGGUCAGGCUCAUGGCGAGGUUUAUGCCGUUAUAACCGGGGUGAUCCUUUAUCAAUAUCAAAAGCAUUUCCCAAGUGCAACUCAUGAUUGGAAGUGUGAUUCUAUAUUUUGCACCAAAGCUGUGUUUUAUGGGCUGUAUUGCACAUUGGUUCUUGCUAAUGGUAGCUCCAAAAGUUUUGUUUCGUGGGAUUUUGCUCAAAGGUUGGGACUUAAAGAAUUGCCAAAUUGCUCAACCGUAUUCUAUCUCAUGGCUGUAUCAAGCCUGCACCUACCACUUACGAUGACGUAUUUAAAUCAAUAUUUGAUUACAUUGAUCAUCUAUUUUCACUGGUCCGCCCAAGAAAGCUUCUUUACAUGGCAAUUGAUGGGGUUGCCCCAAGAGCUAAAAUGAAUCAGCAACGUUCCAGGCGCUUCAGAGCAGCAAAAGAUGCGGCUGCGGCUGAAGCGGAGGAGGAACGAUUGAGGAAGGAGUUUGAACUUGAGGGCAAAAAUCAGACUCCCACAGAAACAUCUGACUCAAAUGUCAUAACUCCUGGCACUGAGUUCAUGGCAGUGCUCUCAGUAGGACUUCAAUACCAUAUACAGUCUAGGUUGAACCAUAACCCUGCCUGGUGGAGUACAAAGGUUAUACUCUCUGAUUCGAAUGUUCCUGGUGAGGGUGAACACAAAAUCAUGUCUUACAUACGGCUGCAGCGUAACCUUUCAGGUUUUAAUCCGAAUACUCGGCAUUGUUUGUAUGGCCUGGAUGCAGAUCUGAUUAUGCUGUCUCUAGCGACACAUGAGGUUCACUUCUCAAUAUUAAGGGAGGUGAUAACCUUGCCUGGGCAGCAAGAAAAAUGUUUCCUCUGUGGUCAAGUUGGUCAUCUAGCUGCUGACUGUCGUGGUAGGCCAGGUGGCCAAGAUGUAGAUAUGAAUGGGAAGGUGGUGGAUAACACGCCAAUUCACAAAAAGAAAUAUCAGUUCCUUAAUAUAUGGGUGUUGCGAGAAUACUUGCAAUAUGAUUUGGAGAUCCCCAACCCUCCAUUUGAGAUUAGCUUUGAGCGAUUGGUGGAUGACUUUGUGUUUCUCUGUUUUUUUGUUGGAAAUGACUUUCUUCCACAUAUGCCAACACUGGAAAUUCGUGAGGGUGCUAUUAAUCUAUUGAUGCAUGUUUAUAGAAAGGAGUUUGUUGCUAUGGGUGGUUAUCUUACUGAUGCUGGUGAGGUUUUGCUGGAUAGAGUGGAACAUUUUAUCCAGUCAGUUGCUUUCUUUGAGGAGCAAAUCUUUUUGAAGCGGGCUCGUAUACAGCAGGCUAUGGAUAAUAACGAAGGGAUGAAGCUUAAAACUAGAAAAGAGGCUUCUGAAGAGCCGCCAGUGCCCGAUAAGGUGAAAUUAGGCGAGCCUGGAUAUAAGGAAAGGUAUUAUGCGGAGAAAUUUGAUGCAUCAGACCCAGAAAAAAUUGAUGAAAUUAGAAAAGAUACUGUUUCGAGGUAUGUAGAAGGUUUAUGCUGGGUUUGCCGGUAUUACUACCAAGGUGUCUGCUCGUGGCUAUGGUUUUACCCAUAUCAUUAUGCUCCAUUUGCUUCUGAUCUGAAAGGUCUAGCUGAUUUAGAAAUAACAUUUUUCCUUGGAGAGCCUUUUAAGCCCUUUGAUCAACUCAUGGGAACCCUGCCAGCUGCAAGUUCUAGUGCUCUUCCUGAAGAGUACAGGAGAUUGAUGACUGACCCGGCAUCACCAAUCCUUGAAUUCUACCCUCCUGAAUUUGAGAUUGACAUGAAUGGAAAGCGCUUUGCAUGGCAGGGUAUUGCUAAAUUGCCAUUUAUUGACGAGAAGAAAUUGCUUGCUGAAACAAAGAAGCUAGAGGGCACUUUGAAGGAGGAAGAACGAUUUCGGAAUAGUGUGAUGCAUGAUUUGCUAUAUGUGCAUACUUCUCAUCCCUUGGCUGCCAAAGUUACUGCAUACUACCGUUUUUUUUACCAAUCAGCCCCACACCAAAGAUAUCCUUGGCCAAUUGACACAAAUUUUAGUGGGGAAAUGAAUGGAUAUCUUUGGUUAACUGUGAGGAAUGGGUACAUGAAUGUGGUUCCUUCUCCUGUUAGUGGUUUGCAAGAUGUUUGCCAUAACCAAACUUUAAAUGUUACCUAUUUGAAUCCUCCACCCCAUAAACAUAUCCCUGAACAUCCUAAAGGCACACUCUUGCCUGGAAAGAAUCUUGGUCCUUUGGACAUAAAACCCUUCCCUGGAUUGUGGCAUGAAGAUAAUGGUGGCCGGCGCCAGCAAAGCAGAGAAAGGCCACGUGUACCCGGGGCAAUGUCUAUUCCUCAGUUGGGAGAAGCAGCACAUCGUCUGCUCAAGAACACAUUGAAUCUCAAAUCCAAUCACAAUAAUUUUGGAUCAGGAGAACAAACUUCGUACAGGAAUGCUGCUAGCAAUCAAGUACAUAAUAGGCCACGAGGGACUGGAUCCUCUGGGUAUGGAAGGAGGUUCAUUGAGGACAGAAAUUCCUACUGUGGAAAUUAUGACAAAGGCAACGGAAUUGCAGGUUCUCCUAGACCUGCAUUUUCUCCCUUUGAAUUGAAAGCAAGCCAACAGAGUUUAAGGACACAAGAUAGAUACUUAAAUCAAGAGCAGCAGACGGUCUCUCCCUAUGUGGUGCAAGGCAACACACAGAAGUUUAGAAGACAAGAUGGGUACUUGCAUCAAGAAGAGCAGCGCCACAGCCUACAGGAUGGAAUGUCCGCUUUGACAAUUGAAGAAAUCAGUACAAAGCCACCGGCAUUGAUGUCCCCAAGGAUACCCAAUUCAGGACAGUUUCCAAGUAAUCAGAACCAGUUUGUGCAGAACAUUGGUCCACUUCCAUCACCACCUCCCAAGUGGAUCAUUAGACGGCCUGCUGGAAAUAGUGGAACGUGUUAUAAACAACAAACGUCAUCAGCUGCAACACAUGACAAGCAAGUGAAGAAUGUUUGUCAGGCGAAGAGCCAGGAGCCGCCAGAAUUUCUUUGAUCGUGGAUUUGAGCACCCAAGUGUUGGUAGUACUUUCAGUUCAAGGGAGCCCUUGUUAUCUCUACCAUUUGAGCAAGUUUGUCCAAAUAUCAGGUAUCCUGCACACAUUAGCCUCGUUGGAAAAUUUGACAUAGAAGCUCCAAUCAAGAGAUUGAAGACAUCAUCUUGGAAGAAGAAAGAACCACCUUAGCCUGUUGUACUGUUUCUUUUGAGUGCCGAAAUUUCUGGUUCAGAAUCGGAUAUCUGAAAUGGGACAUGGGUGGGGUCCCCGUCAAAUCAGCUGAUGAUCGGAAAGGGGAAAUUGCACAGGUUUUGCUUAUGUGUACCAUAUACGCCGAUUUUACAACCCAAGUUUCCCUUGUUGGGUUGUUGAAGAGGAAUAUAAAGAAGACAUGUAGGUGCUCGGAUUAGACUUCAUGUGGAAAGAGUAAUCUUUUGACACAUUUUCAAAUUACGGGGAAACCGUGAGCAAUUACACUCCCUCAUGAUCCAUGUUUUGGACAGUACUUGUUGCGUUGGGACUGUACUGUUGGAGGGGCUUUUCUCUCAUUCUUUCUCAGAAUCAUUCUGAAGGGCAGAAGACACUCGUUAUUUACUCGAAAACUGGACAUUAAACCCCUUUUUUUAUAUCACUUGAAUUCUCCUCAAGAACCAGAUUGUCAAUUUCUUUUUUCUGUUCUGUUUCUCGUGAUUGGAAAUGAUUGCCGUGUCGUUUGUGUGCUUUCUUAGUUCUUAUAGUUAAGUUGCUUCGUUUAGUUUCUGUUUCUCGUCAUUGUAAAUGAUAACACCUUUUGACCGUUCUUUUCCUUAUUAACUAGUGUUGUGCAUGUUUGAUGCACAAUACAACAGGAAUAAAACGGAUUAUUUUUGCUCUC